AUGGAUCGCGAAGUGCCCUCCAGUGGCAAAGUUCAAAUAUCGUCUGACUCAAAUCGCUGUCGUCUGGCUAUUAAAUCGCUUUAUGUUGAUUUAGGAUGGAGCAAUUUGUUCGGUGUUCCAUCCAAGAGAUUCUCAGCAUUCUUCUAUAUGUCCAUAUUUCAAAAGAAUCAAGUUUCUUCCGAGAAGUGGCAUUUAUGGUCCAGGUUUCCGAGAAUAUUUACUGUCAAUAAUGAAGAUCUAUUUCUAAUAAAUAACGAAGCGAAAAGGAUAUUGGCAGCUUUCUAUUUGGGUCAGAUGAUUCAAAUUUUGACGAUCCAACAUUUUUGCCUGAUAAUGAAGAUGUUUCCGAUUAAGAAAAGUCAAGAAAUGAGUAAUUCUAUCAAUAACUUGUUAGAAAAUGAACUUGUUGAUAUGCUUAUUUGUGAAGAUGAAAAUGUGUUUUUAAAUGAUGAAGAAGGAAAUAUAAUACCUACUGGGGGAGAAAUUCAGUGGAAAGUAGAUAAUUAUGCACCAAAAGUUAAAACCUACCCAAUAGAUAAAAAAGCUGAUGCCCAGUUCAACCAAUUAGAAAGUAUUUAUGUUGGAAGAAAUGAGACGAUGGGGACAGGAGAUGGAUUUAUCGGAUGUAUAUCGAAAGUGCAGUUCGAGGAUCAUUUUCCUCUAAGGAGAGCAUUUCAAGAAGGGAGACGAGGAAACCUUUACCUGCAUCCAGAAACGGUUAGAGAAGACAACUGCGGUAUCGAACCGGUCACUUAUCCCCCCGAGAGAAGCGAAACGCGUCCUCCACCCACUCUUCCUCCGGGAGUGUUUUUAGAAGCCGUGCGGGCGGAAAGUGAAGACGCUGCAAUAUUAGGAGGUGUUCUAGUCAUCAUAUUCCUUGCUCUGAUUCUAAUGGCGAUAUUAAUAGGCCGUUACAUGUCUCGACACAAAGGUGAAUAUAGGACUCACGAAGAUACGGGAGCCAAGGAUGCUCCCGACGCGGACACGGCAGUGAUCCAGAGUAAGACGGGACACGGCGUACCGAAGAAGAAAGAAUGGUUCAUCUGAAUUGCCUUAUUUCUCGACGGAGCUCUCGGAGGAGAGUUAUUUUUAUUUCGGUCCGAGAUUGAGACGGGAGCGUUUAUAAAUACUUGACAAAAAAAAAAUUAAUGCCGAUAGGAAAAGAGGGGUGCCGUUUUCCGAGCGAAUGACGGAAAAUUGCCACGUGGCUUUGGUCUCAAUGAAAUUGUUAAUCGCGAUCCCUGAUGUAUUUUACGAAAUCGAUAUUUGUAGCGAAACCGUUUAACCGGGAGAACUGUGAUGACUGAACUAUCGACUGGGAGAGUAAAUGACGUCAUGUACGUCGUUUACGUUCAAGUGCUCGGG